CCUCCUCACUCCAGCUUUUCCGACCCCCUCCCUUUCCCCGGGUCGGGUUAACCCUUGAAUCGCCAGGCUCGACUGCGUUGCUUUUGAUUUUUCUUCUUUGGGCGAAAUAAUUCCGAUUUUUUUUUUCUCUCUCUCUUUCUCCCUUCUUUUUUUGGCUUUUCUCCUUUUUCUCUCAGGUCCUGGAACAUCGAUCUACUUCUACAAACCAGAAGCGACGUCCAGCAUGGACGCUGCCCAGCGGGACGCCGCUCUGUUGUACGUGGUGCAAUCCGGCACGCUGAUGAUGGAAUAUUUACGAGCCCGUGGGGAAGCCUCUUCGGCCGCAGCCUCUCGGCGUCGGUGGGCCUUCCUGCACUCCCUAGGGCGGCGAGGAGGAGAGGAGGACGGAGACGAUGACCUGGGGGAGGAGAAGGAAGAGGAGGAGGAGGAGGAGGACGGAGAGGAAGAAGAGGAUGCCGAAGAGGACGAGGUCUUCCUGGCCAGACAGACCUGCAGUGCCAGUUUCAGGCGCGGUGGACGCCUGCGUUCAGUGGAAAGACGCUUCUGGGCUCGGCCGCGUAGCACCGAGUGGUGGGACCGGACGGUCCUGGAGACCUGGGACGAUAGUGAAUGGUUGCAGAACUUCAGGAUGUGCAAGGCGACCUUCUUGGACCUUUGCGCCCGGCUGUCUCCGGCUUUGCAGCGCCAGAAAACCCGGAUGCGGAUCCCGCUGAGCGUGGAGAAGCGAGUGGCCAUCGCCAUCUGGAAGCUGGCCACCUCCGUCUGCUACCGCGACGUAGGCAACCAAUUCGGCGUCGGCAGGUCCACCGCCGGCUCGGUGGUGCUGGAGGUGUGCCGGGCCAUUCAGAGGGUGUUGAUGCGCUCCACGGUGAACGUGGGGAACAAUCUGGCGGAUAUUGUCCAGGGCUUCGAGGCGAGGGGUUUCCCCAACUGCGCCGGCGUGGUGGGCACCAGCCACAUGCCCAUCUUGUGUCCUCCUCACCAAGCGUCGGAGUACGUCAACACCAAGGGCUACUACUCGAUGGCCUUGCAAGCUUUGGUGGACCAUCGAGGGAAGUUCACCCAUCUGAGCGCGGGGUGGCCCGGCAAGACCCAUGAAGCCAAGAUCUUCAACAAGUCCACCUUGUUCACCAAAGGGCAGGAAGGGACUCUCUUCGCUCCCGGUUCUGUGGAGAUCAACGGCAUAUCGGUCCCUCGGGUCAUCUUAGGAGGACCGGCCUACCCUCUCCUUCCGUGGUUGAUGGUGCCCUACACGGAAGGUCUGGAUGAGACCAAGGAGGCCUUCAACGUCACGUUGAGCCGGUGCCAGGAACCCCUGGAAGAAGCCUUCAGCCGCCUGAAGGGCCGGUGGCGCUGCCUGACGGGACGCAACGAUUGCGCGGUGGAGAACCUUCCCCGCCUCAUCUCGGCCUGUUGCGUCCUGCACAACAUCUGUGAGGAGAAAGGGGAGGCCUACGAGGAGAAGUGGGAAGUGGAGGCCAGGCAGCUGGCCGCCACCUUCGAACAGCCCCUGCAGCGGCCCGAUACGCGCAUUAAGCCCGCCGCACGGUCGGAGAACGUCCGGGACGCUCUCUGCAUGUACAUCGCCGGGAAGAUAUGAAGAGCGGAAGGAGGCCGGCGGUGGUGCUGCGGGUUAUUUUGGGGAGAUCCAGCCUGAAUUGAGACUUUGCGCCCAGGACGUGGUCAGGUUGCACCCCAAAACAGUACCCAGAAUUCUGGGUAGCAUUAAACCAGCAGAUUAUAUUCUUGAAAUUGAUUUUGGGGUGAAGAGUUGAGAAAUUUAGGGUAGAGAAUCCAUAGAUUAGUCAGUGUUUCACAAUCUUGGCCACUUUUAAGAUGGGUGGACUUCAACUCCCAGAAUUCCCCAGCCAUUCUGGGAAUUGAAGGCCGCAUGGCUUAAAGUAGCUGAAGUUGCUGACCUUCAUGUUGGCUGAGGAAUUCUGGGAGUUGAAGUCCCCCCAUCUUAAAAGUGGCUGAGUUUGCUAACCUCCAUAUUGUCUGGGGAAUUCUGGGAGUUGAAGUCCCCCCAUCUUAAAGUUACCAUGGUUGCUAACAGCCAUGUUGUUUGAGGAAUUCUGGGAGUUGAAGUCGCCCCAUCUUAAAGUUACUAAGGUUCCUAAAAGCCAUGUUGGCUGGGGAAUUCUGGGAAUUGAAGUCCCCCCAUCUUAAAGUUACCAAGGUUAUUAACGGCCAUGUUGUCUGGUGAAUUAUGGGAGUUGAAGUCCCCCCAUCUUAAAGUGGCUGAGUUUGCUAACCUCCAUAUUGUCUGGGGAAUUCUGGGAGUUGAAGUCCCCCCAUCUUAAAGUUACCAUGGUUGCUAACAGCCAUGUUGUUUGAGGAAUUCUGGGAGUUGAAGUCGCCCCAUCUUAAAGUUACUAAGGUUCCUAAAAGCCAUGUUGGCUGGGGAAUUCUGGGAAUUGAAGUCCCCCCAUCUUAAAGUUACCAAGGUUAUUAACGGCCAUGUUGUCUGGGGAAUUCUGGGAGUUGAAGUCCCCCCAUCUUAAAGUGGCUGAGGUUGCUAACAGCCAUGUUGUCUGGGGAAUUCUGGGAGUUGAAGUCCCCCCCAUCUUAAAGUGGCUGAGGUUCCUAACAGCCAUGUUGGCUGGGGAAUUCUGGGAGUUGAAGUCCCCCCAUCUUAAAGUGGCUGAGGUUCCUAACAGCCAUAUUGUCUGGGGAAUUCUGGGAGUUGAAGUCCCCCCCAUCUUAAAGUGGCUGAGGUUCCUAACAGCCAUGUUGUCUGGGGAAUUCUGGGAGUUGAAGUCCACUUAUCUUAAAACUGCUGAGGUUGAGAAUCACUGCCUUACGCGGACUUGUAUCCUUCGCGUAAGUAGGGAGUGAGUCAUUUAAAUUACCACGGACACUUGUUUUGCAAAGCAGAUUAACCACCCCAGUACCGUUUAUCUGCCUCCGCAGAGUGUCUGGGGAAAUGAAACACACCCUGUAUUUAAUUCUUUAAUUCAUAUUAGAGGAUGAUUGAGGAUAUGCAUGGGCCUCCUGCCAAAAAUUGCAAUCGGUGCACCAUGGGUUUCCUGGUGAUGCAGAUCCCGGCUCAAGCCCAGGCUUGUAUCCAUGUAAACCUGGUUAACAGUCUUCUCUAGCUAGCAUGGUAGCUAAGAGACUCCCCCCCCCCGAGAGUCAGCGAGAUGAACGGCAAAUAAAUUUAAUACAUAAUAAUAAUAAUAAUAAUAAUAAUAAUAAUAAUAAUAAUAAUAAUAAUAAAAAUAAAAAUAAAAAUAAUAGAAGGGAGCACACCAGAUUGGGGUAUGUUCCUAUAGGAUCUUUUUUAAAAAAAAAACAAACCAGCUUUUUUUGGUGAUGUUAGACCGGGUUUAGAACGGAAGCCAAAAGACUCAUGAGGACUAGAAUCUUUGCAGACGUCGGAUCCAUUUUAACUUUGUUUAUUCCAGUUCAAUGCCGCCCAAAACUGCAAAUCGGUACCGGAGUUGGUAAAUCUUUUCAGAGCCGCUGGGAGGGAGGGAGCCAAUAUAUAUAUAUAAUUUAAUAAAUCAGUAUUAUGCUUCAUCAAACACUAUUUUCGGUCAGGAAAGAGUCAAAAAAACAAGUCAAUAUGUCAGCUUGAAACCCCUUUUAUAAUGCCGAUCAAAAAUGGGUGAAUUUCGGUCACCCUGCAUAUUAUUUAUUUCACUGUUCCCAUUUCAUGUAUUGAUUUAUAUCCUGCCUUAUUUUUACAAAUAACUCAAAACAGGCGAAUGUAUCCAAGACGCCUUCUUCCUUCCUAUUUUCUUGCCAUUGUUUAAAAUCUUUUCUUCCCCCGCCCCGGAACGUCCCAGCUAUUAUUAUACAGCUAGUCCUUGACUUACAACCGUUCUUUUGAGUGACCGUUGGAAGUUACGACGGUACUGGGGGAAAAAAAGUGAUUGAUGACUGAUCAAAAUUCAAAUGCUUGGCAACUGGCAUGGACUUAUGACAGUUGCGGGCUCUCCGGGGUUGGGGUCACGCAAUCCCCUUUUGCAACCUUCUGACCAGCAGAGUCCAUGGGGAAGCCGGAUUCACUUAACGACUCGGUAAGGUCGUAAAAGGAGACAAAACUCGCUUAACUGUCUUGUUUAGCAACAUGAGUUUUGGGCUCCAUUGUGGUCAUAAGUCGAGGACUAUCGGCGUCGGGCAUUUUCCGUUACUGCAUAAUUCAUUUCUGUCGUUAAAAGAUCUGCCGUUGCAUUUGUACGACGCAAUUAAGGUACAAAAUUCUCAAUUUCACGAGGCCCGAUUAACCUGUUUUCCGGUUUGCCUCGUGCCUUAAACCGUACACCCGGCCAAACAGGAUGAUGGAAACCACAAUAAACGAAGAAUUAAAGGAUGAUUUACCGGCGUGCCUCUGACACAAGCUAUAUUUCGGUUUCUCGAAGGCCGGUUCCACGGCUCGCCAAAAGAAAGUGAGUCCCAAAAAAAUUCUAUUUAAGCAUUUCCCUAAGCUUGAGUUAGAAUCCGGCUGCUAAAAAUUCCAGCUGUAAAGUUAAGAAAGUGCAAAGAGAUCCGAGGUCAGGAUGAAACAAUGUUGUGACAUCACAAAAUGUACACAACCCAUGAGGCUUGCAUGAUGGGAAGGUUGCCGGCUGGGGUGAAAUUGAAGCAACUCUUUUCCUCCAUGAGGACUAUAAACUUGUCAAGGGAGCCCAACCAUGUGACUGGAGAACUUGAAAGGGAAUA